UCAGAGCCGCUCGGUUUGUUGUUGUCGGUCUGCAGUUGCGCGUGCGGGACACAGACACACACUUCCACACUUCCGACGCCCCCGAGUCUCCUCUCCACGAUGCCGUCUGGACCCGUCCUGUGAGCCCCUCUCUCUGGAAGCAUGGCAUCAGGUAGCCAGUCAGGAGACGCCCCCACAGAGCCGGGGCACAUGCCACUGGACAUUGACAAUGUUCACAUGCUGCUUCAAGUGGAGCAGGAGCAGAUACAGAAGAGAACCUUCACCAACUGGAUCAAUGCACAGCUCUCCAAGAAAAAACCACCCUGUGUGGUACUGGACCUGUUCAAUGACAUCCGGGAUGGGUCACUGCUACUCGACUUGCUGGAGGUGAUGAGUGGCCAGCAGAUGAGUCGAGAGAAAGGCAGAGGCUUCUUCCAGCACAGGAGCAACAUUGAGACGGCUUUGUCCUUCUUAAGGAGGAAAUCAAUCAAGUUGGUGAACAUCAACGUUCCUGACAUUAUGGAUGGCAAGCCCUCCAUCAUUCUGGGUCUAGUAUGGAUCAUCAUUCUCCACUUCCAUAUCGAGGAGCUUGCCAGCACAUUGUCCUUCAGCUCUCGCCAGUCUUCCAUGGAAUCCUUGACCAGCCUGGAUUCACACUCCAGCACUUUUAGCAGUUCCACUCCCCGCCGGGGCUCGCCCCUCCAUGCUCGCUUCCGAAUCUCUGCCAAGAAGGCCUUACUGUUGUGGGUCCGGGAGCAGUGCCACAAAGCUGGUUGCACCCUUAAUGUCAAAGACUUCAAGUCCAGCUGGCGGAGUGGUGUAGCUUUCCUUGCCGUCCUUCAUUCCCUCCGUCCUGACAUGGUAGAUAUGUCCAGAGCCAAAACCAGGACUAACAGGCAGAACUUGGAGGAGGCCUUCCGGAUUGCUGAGCAGGAGCUGCAAAUCCCAAGACUUCUGGAACCUGCGGAUGUUGAUGUCAGAGACCCAGAUGAAAAGUCCAUUAUGACCUAUGUGGCCCAGUUCCUGCAAUACUCCAAGGACCUGCCAAUGUCUGAGGAAGACAUGCAGGCAUCCGCUGGUCAGAAGGCUCGGGAGGUUACCUGCUGGUUGGUGCAGGCUUACGAUGAGCUGCUGGAGGGGUGGAUCUCCACAGAGGGCGAGAGCUAUGCUGAGAGAUACCAGGUGUUCCAGACCUUCCUUGUGUCCUUCAAUGAGCAGCGACGCCCAGUGAUGCCCCUGCUCACCGCCAUGCGCCGGACUCCCCAGCUGAGUGAAGAGCAGAAGGCUCUGAGGAAGGCGUGGGAUGCUCUGGCUGAAAAGCUGCGGGAGUACAAAACGGAGUUGGAUGUGAGCCUACCUGCACCCCUGGACUCUGUGGGCCGGUGGCUGUUACGUGUAGAGGGAGCCCUGGCCCAGGAAGAAAGGGAAACGGUCGAUCAUAGCCGAGCAGCCAAGGAGACUCAUGACAAGCUGGACCUGCUGAAGACCUCCAUGGAGGCGAUGGGUGCCCACCUGAGAACUUUCCAGACGUUCAACAAUAUGGACGAAUGUGGUGCCAUCUUGGUGCCCACAGACAAGCUUGAAGAGAUCAAAAGAAGGUUCACCAGCAUCCGGGUCACUGCCAAGUACCACAGCAUUAAGCUGGAGUACCAGGAGCACCGGCACACAGUCCUGGACCUCCUGGGCCAGAUCAACACUAAACUGCGCUUGUGGAGGAGGCCUUAUAGCUCCCAGGAGGCUGUGCAUGUUCUCCUUCAAGACUGGCAAGACACUGUGAAUAAGAAAGACCUGGUUUCCCUGCUAGAGGCCACCCUUCUAAAGAUGAAGCUGACAGCUGACAAAUACACUAGCAAGUCUGCACUAGCUGCAGACUCCAAGCACAUCAGCCGGCAGGUGAAGGAGGCUGAGGCGGAGAGCGCCACGUGUCGUGAGGCCUUGUUAGCAAUCAGGGUCUCCAUGGGUCACGCGCUCUCAACGUGGGACUCGUACCAAGAGGAUCUCACUUCCCUACGAGCCUGGCUGGAGCAGGAGGCCCAGUCCCACUCUCCUUCAAAAUUAGAGGUGACGCCUGAGACCAUAUCCGAGUGGUCCGCUGUCCAGACCCGUGUGAAUGAGCUGGGCACUUUCUUGUCCAAAGUGACGGACGCACAGAUGAGCCGCAUUCUGUCAGAUGAACUACGAAGGGUUAACUCCCAGUGGGCCGAUUUCAUCCAAAGAGCCAAACUUAAAACUGUCUCACAGCCCAGCCAUGGACUAAUAAAUCCUCAGGCUGUGCAGGCUCUGCUACGGGAGGCCGCCCAGCUGAUAAAAGAACCUGUGGAUGUGUUGUCAGGACCCCUGCGGACCUACAGAAAGAGGCUUCAGUUCAUGAUGAAGCGGAUAGAGGAAGUGGACAUGGAUGCCCUUUCCCCAUCCCCAGAAUGCUCUGCUGAGCUGCUGCAGAGACUCACACUCUCAAUCCCUGAGGUAAUGCACACCCUGCGGAGUGCAGAGAGUGUGUGCGAGGAGCUUCAGGUGAGCGUGUCUGGGCUGGACAGCCGACUGGCAGAGCUGCAACACUGGGAAUGUGAGGCCAAGGAGCUGUACCAUCUCCUGCGGGAAGAAGAGCACAGGCAGAGUCAAACUCAGGAUCCAAGGGUUAGGGAGCUGAUCUCCCAAGCCCUGCAGUUGGAGGGCCAAGUGGUGACUGAGGAGCAGGACCUGCAGGUUAUGGUGAUGACAGCACAGAAGAGUUCACCACUGCAGUACCUGAUUGCCACUGUGAUGCAGGAAAGAGUGAGAGCAACAGUUGCUCAGUCUCAGGAGGCUGUAGGGAUGCUCAGCUCUCUGGGUUCCAGACAAGCCCAAAGCCCCACUGGAGACCAAACUCUUGCCCAAGCUGUGCAACCCCAAGUUGAACCUCAACCUCCUUUUCUCCCUGAGGACCUCACUGAGCUUUGUACCCAUGAAGAGGCUCAGCACCCACCCAAGAUUAGCAUAACAGAAUAUAAAGAGCUCCAGCCUCUGGUGCAGGUUUAUAACAAUGCACAGGAUUUACCUCAUGCCAGAGACAAGGCUGUCUUCCAGUCCCAGCCUCACCUUGAUAGGCAGUCUGUUCACCAGCCCCCAGUUCAGGCCCAUGCUCAGACCAAAGGCUACAGUCAAACGUCAUCAGUACUCACUGAGCCUAAUCCCCACUCUCAACCUCUUAUACCUUCUCAAACUAAGGACCAGCGGCAGCCCCAAGCCCAAUCUCAGAUACAAGAUCAACCUAAAAAGGCAAGAGUCAGCACAAGACCAUGGGCAAAUAAAAAAUCCCAGGGCCAGGCCUCCUCUAAGCCUCAUUAUCAACCUGUACCCCAGACCCAAACUUCUAUUCAAGACAAGGCUCAGCCUAAGGCUCCAGCCAAGACUUACAGUGAAAACAAGGUUCAACCUAAGCCCCAACCUAAAGCUCAGCCACAAAUUAAUAAGCAUGCCAAGGUUCAGAUGCAAGCUGUCAUUAAGCCUAAAGAUGAAAACCAUCAGAAGGCCCAAUCCCAGCCACAAAUCUUGCCCCAGACUAGUGUAAGUAUUAAGGUUGAGCCCACAGGCUACAGCCAGAACUUGUACCAGUCACAGACUUAUAAACAGAUUCAAAGUCCAACCAUGAUCCAGGUCCAGCCCCCACUAUGGGUUAAUACGCAAAUUGAUGCACCCUCUCAAGUGUCUUCAAAGACCCAAGUUCAGCCGCAGGGUCAGGGUUACCCUUGUUCAGGGGCUCAGAGCCAGUCCCAAAUACAGUCUCCCUCUGGCACCCAUAGUACAACUGAAACAGGAGCAUCAUCUUUCUUAAAGACCAAACAUGAUCCUAAAGCUGAAUCUUUGCCACAGCCAUGGAUUCCAGCAAAGCCACAAGUUCAGUCCCAGGCCCAAUCUCAGGUCCAGACUCAACUAUUGGCCCAGCCUCUUAUGAUACCUCACACAAAGGUUCCUGUCCUUGCCCAGGCUCCGCUACAGGCCUAUACAGAGGCCUACGCCAAAGCACAGGCUCUUGCCAGGGACAGGUUUGAAGAAGCCAAACACUGUCUGCAAGACCACAUCCUAGAGACUAUCAUGGUGUUCAAUGACAGAGGUAUCUCUGAAGAGCAAGCCAAUAAAAAGGAGGAAGCACUUAGGACACUGGAUCCUGAGCUCCUGGAUGAGUUUCUGAGGGCAGCAGAGGGCAUGGAGGCCUUCUGUAGCCCAGCCCAACUUCGGGACAUGGAGUUCUUCACCCAGUCGGUCCGAACACAGUGGGAGGCAUGUUUCUCUGAGGAGGGCAGCCUGCUGCAGGCAGGACAUCACCUGGAAGCCCUGAGGGAGCUGUGUGACACGUUGAGCCCUGAGGACGCACACCGCCUUGCGCAGGCCCAGCUUCGUGAGUGCGAAAGAAGGCUGGCGGCCAUCCAGCGCCAGUUCAGCAGUGACAGGGACAUACCGCCUUCGGACCUUGGGUAUUGCCCAGAACACGCAGAAAACGAGAUGUAUCAGAAAGAGUCUGACCUCCUCAGUGGUCCUCCAUAUGGCACAGAGGUUACCUUCAUGGAGGCUGGCUUAGAGAAGUCUCAGCUGAACGAUCCAAUAACAACUAAGGACAUUUCCUCUAAAGAGGAAAUGCUAAAAAGCUACCAAGACUCCAGGACUGCCCUUCAAGCCAAGCUGGCCAGUAAUGAACAAUGCAUGCCUGUGCACCUUCCUUCAGACUCUGCCUCCUCUGCUGUUUUGCAUGUCAAGUUACAGGAGUUGCAGCACCUGGAACAGGAUACAGAAGUGCUGUGGCUAGAUUUCAAACUUCAAUGUUCUCAGUGCUCUCAGUUUAAAGAUGAACAAAGAGGUGUGGAGGAGCACAAGGCUGAAAUGGAGCAGAAGUGGGAGAAACAGAAGACCAGUCUUCAGGGAAGUAUAAAAUCUCUCAAGGAGGCUUUGGAAGUUGUGGACUCAGUGGAGGACCACAUCAGAUGCAUCUCGGAAAGAUUUGAACACAUCACUGGGAGACCCAGGGACAUUAGCACAUUCUCACCGAGUGACGCUAACACGCUACAAGAUGUAAAGGACUUGGACAAGAGCAUCCAGCAAGAAAUGGAAAAGCUGGUGGACAAUCCAUUGAGCUCCUUGGUGCAGGGCUGCAGAAAGUGUCUGGAUGAACUGAGGCAGCGGGUGAGGAAGUGUGAGGCAGCCACUCAAGCCCUAGACCGCUUCCUGGUAUCUUUGCAUACCAUGGAGCAGGAAAUUGGCACUGCGUGGGCCAAUCCCAGUGAUGAUGCCAUCUCACUUCGAGACUGUCGCUCACGGUUGGCGUUGGUCCGGCAAAGUAUACGAAGUGUGGCAGACAAAGCACCGCAGCUUGACCAGCUGUUGAAAGGAGCUGUUUUGGCCGUAACCCGUAAUGGCAUCCCGGCUUCCUGCGUGGAUGUAGUAGUUGUGCUGGAGAAAAAGCUGGAGGAGACGGAUGCUGGCCUGAUUAAAAAGCAGCAGAGUUUUCAGAGAGAGCAGGAGGGCCGGGCUGUGGGGCUGAGGAGGAGGACUCUGCAAGGAGCUUUAUGCGAGCUGCAAGCUGUUGCUGAGCGCCAGGGUUUGAAGGAGCCUACAAUACCUGCUGUGCAGCAAAGGUUGCGUGCGCUGAAUGACUUGCAGAACCGUUUGGAUGCUCAUCAGACAGAGCUACAGAAUCUGCAGGAUGCAUCUAUGCCGUUGACUCCUGAGGUCGGCCUGAGUUGCAACCCAAUGGCUGAGCUUAAUACCCAGUGGGAGGACUCUCAGAGAGCAGUGAAAGAGCGGCUGGACCAGUGCUCUGUGCUGAUGGAGCUUCUGAAGAAGUUCCAGAACUGUCGCAGUCAUCUAAGCAACACUCUGCAGAGGGGGGAACAAACCAUUGCCGAACAGGCCUCUUACAUGGGCAAAGACAACCUGCAGAGACUCAUAACAAAGGUGCAGGGGAUCAAAGAUGACCUGGCCAGCCUUGGGGAUGGCGUGGAGGAGAUCCGUGUGGUUUGCAGACAGCUGCAGUUGCAACUGAAGAAGAUACCUGACUGUGUAGAUGCUCCAUUUGAGAGUGAGGCUAAUGCCCUGGUGGACCGAUGGCUGGAUGUGUCAGAGAAGACAGACACCCAUAUGGACAAUCUGCGGCUGGCAUUGGAGGUGUGGGAGAAGCUCCUCCUGCUAGGUGGCGAGAUUGAAAGCUGGGCAGGUCGUAAAAUGGCCAUUUUUGUAGAAAGUCACCCUUUCCAGAGUGAACAAGAGAUCACCAUCAUGCAGGGCGAAAUCAAAAGUCAGGAAGAGAAUAUUGAGCACUUCCAUAGGAAAUCGACUGCGAUCCAGGACGUUCUUCAAAGCAAGGAGUCUCCUCUGGAGCUGCAGGUGAUGGAAACUCAGCUGAGGAAGAAGAUGGAACAAGUUAAAGAGCUCUUCUCUGACAGCAGUGAAGUUUUCCAGGAGCUAAUCCUGGUGAAGGAGAGCAUUUCAGAGAGAAUGUCUGAAUGCCAGGCAUCUCUGCGGGUCAUCCAGUACUCACUAAAUAUGCUUCAUGCCUCGGACGAACCGCAGUUUCUAAGCCAACUAGAGGUAUUGUCAGCCCAACUGCAGGCACAGGCGGAGCAUGCGGAUGGUCUGCUGCAGGAGGUCAGCCUUCUGUCCAGUGUAGCUAGUCCUCAGGCUCUGGAGGCCCUGGCCGCGGAUGGGGUUCGACUAAAAGAGACUGUGCAUGCUACCCGUGAGCUGAUUGGUCAAAAGAGAGAGCAGGCAAAAACAGGCUUCCGCAAGGGUAUUCAUGAGGAGUGCCAGGCCUUUGAAGAGUGGUUCCAGGAUCUGCAGUUGUCAGUGAACGAGUGUUUUGAGAACCCAGAACGGUGUCAAGACUUGCAAGUCUCCCUGGAAAGGUUGGCGGCCUUUUUGUCAUAUCAAGAGGGAGAGACGAGGCUGGGUUGCCUGAAGGAGAAGGUUACAGUGGUACAGGAGCAGCUGUCACCACACCAGGCUGCUGAGCUUCACUCUUGGCUGGAGGAGCAAGAGCAGGAGUUGGCUACCUUCAGAACCCACUGCCGAGACCGACAUAGUCAGCUCGAGGCCUUAGUACACACCCUAGACAGUCUUCAGGCAGAAUUCAACCGUCUUGAUACCUGGAUAAAGGCCAGGGAGCAUAAAUUACAACAAGAAGAAGAAUUUGACCAUUUACAUGAAGAAGUUCUCAAACAAAGUGAAUGUCUGAAUCAUCUUCGAGGCCUGGUGGAAUCUGUGCGAAAGCAAGGCCUGAGGAGUGAAGGCCUUCUACAAGACACUGAUGUCCUACUGGAACGGUACAGCAAACUGCAGGAAACACUGCAUAGCCAAAGAGAGGCCCAAAGACUUUCCAGAGAGACUCAAGCCUUUCAGACCCUUGCAGACAGCAUCCAGGCCUGGGUCAAAGAUCUGCAGCAGCAGACACAAGCUUUGGGAAGAGGUAGUGAAGACUGGCAAACCCAGAUUGAGAAAGUCCAGGAUCUCCUUAGUAUCGUCAGUGGAGGAGAUGCCAAGCUACAGGACCUGAGGAGAACUGGGGAGAAACUGUUGGAGCAGCGAGGCCUGGAGGACAGCAGGAGAAGAGAGGUCCUGCAGCUGAUGCAUGACAUUGAGCAGGAAUGGAAAGCUCUUGUGCAGUCUGCAGAGGAUCUGUAUAGCCAGGCAGAGGCAAAGAGUAUCCUAGCCAAAGACAACCACAACUUUCAGAAUCUGGCAGAUAGCACCCUGUUCUGGAUCCGAGAUCUGCAGCAGCAGGCACAGGCACUGGAGAGAGGUAAUGGGCACAGUGAGGCCCUGAUUGAAGAGCGACUGCAGAAAGUUCAGACCCUCCUUGGAGUCAGAACUGACGGAGACACAAGGCUACAGAACCUGAGGAGGAGUGGGCAGGAGCUGUCAGAGCAGCAGGUCCUGGAGGAAGGCAGGAGGGAGGUAGUCCUGCAAACAGUGUGUGAGGUACAGCAAGAGUGGAGGGCAUUUGUGGAGUUUGCAGAGGAACUGCACAAACAGGUAAAGGCCCAGAACAUCUUGGCCCAAGAGAGCCAGACAUUCCAAGCUGUAGCAGAUAACACACAGGUUUGGGUCAGAGAUCUGCAGCAACAAGCGCAAGCCCUGAGCAGAGAGAUUCAGGACAGUCAGACCCUGACGGAGGAGCUGCUGAGGAAAAUUCAGGUUUUCCUUAAUGUGAAGGAAGAAGGAGAUGUCAAGCUGCAAGAUCUGAUGAAAAGUGGGGAGCAGUUGUUGAAGCAGCAGGGUCUGGAGGAUAGUAGAAGGAGUGAGGUCUUGCAGCUGGUGCAUGAUAUUGAGAAGGAAUGGAAAGCUUGCAUGCAGUCUGCAGAGGAUUUGCACAACCAGGCAGAGGUACAGAGCGCCUUCGUCAGACAGAACCAGGAUUUCCAGAACCUGGCAGACACAACCCAAGUCUGGGUUAGAGACCUACAGAAGCAGGCACGGGCUCUGGGCAAAGGUGGCGAGGAGAGUAAGAUCCCAAAUGAAGAGCUGCUGAAGAAAAUCCAGGUUCUUCUCCGUGUCAGGGUUGAAGGGAAUGCAAAGCUACAGGACCUGAAAAGCUGUGGGAAGGAGCUGUCCGAGCAGCAGAACCUGCAGGAAAGCAGGAAGGAGGAGGUCCUGCAGGUGGUGCAUGACAUCGAUGAGGAAUGGAGUGCAGUUUUGCAGUCUGCAGAAGAGCUUUACAGACAGGCAGAAGCCAGAUGCCUCUUGGCACAGGAGGUUGAGGCCUUCCAAGCCCUAGCAGAUAGAAUGCGGAUCUGGGUGAGAGACCUACAGCAGCAGGCAGAAGCUCUGGACAGAGGUACCAAGGACAGCCAGGUGCAGAUUGAGGAAGGCAUACAGAAAGUCCAGGCUUUCUGUGAUCUCAGGGAUGAAGGAGAGGCCAAGCUGCAGGACAUGAUGAAGAGAUGGAAAGAGCUGUCAGAGCAUCAAGACCUGCAGGAAAGCAAUAGGAGUGAAGUUCUGCAAACAGUGCAUGAUGUGGAGCAAGAAUGGAAUACCAUUUUGCAGUCUGCAAAAGACCUGCGCAACAAGAUAGAAGCCCAGAAUCGUUUAUUCCAAGACAUCAGUGCCUUUGAAACCCUGGUGGAUAGCACUGGAGCCUGGAUCAGAGACCUUCAGCAGCAGGUGCAAGCCCUGGACGAAGGAGGUGAACGCAGCCAGGCUGAGACUGAACAACGGCUACAGGAAGUCCAGGCUCUGCUUGAUUUCAGAGAUGAUGGAGAUGCUAAACUGAGAGACCUGAGGAAGCAAGGGCAGGAGUUGUCAGAACAGCAGGACCUGCAGGAAAGCAAAAGGAAGGAGGUGCUGCAAAUGGUACGUGAUGCGGAGCAGGAAUGGAACACGGUUUUGCAGUAUUCCCAGGAUCUACAAAGCAAGGUGGAGGCCCAGAAUCUUUUGGCCCAGGAGAGCCAUGCCUUUCAGAACCUGGUGGACAGCACUCGAGCUUGGAUCAGAGGCCUGCAGCAGGAGGCAAAAGCUCUGGACAAAGGCAGCGAGGGCAGCCAGGCCCAGCUGGAGGAACGACUUCAGAAAGCACAGGUUAUCCUCGGUGUCAGGGCUGAAGGAGACACCCAGUUGCAGAACCUGAGGAGAAGUGGAGAGCAGCUGUUGGAGCAGCACAGGCAGGAGGAGAAUAGGAAGCUGAUUCUGCAGACGGUGUGCGAUGCUGAGCAGGAGUGGAAUACAGUUUUACAGGCGGCAGAGCAGCUGUGUGGUGUCUUGCAGGGUGUGGUUGAGCGCUCCGUUGGCUGUCUGUGCCAGAAAGAGCAGGCUCGGGCUUGUGUGGAGCAGCUUCGGCACCAGACAGCCGAACUCCCCCUGUUGUUUCCGUGGCCUGGUCUAGGGGACCGGCGCCAAACUACGGAACAGGCCCAAUGCUUGUUGGACCGUACUGCAGCCCUGGCUCCCACCCUCUCUGCUCUCAGGACGCAGGCAACAGAGCUGUUCCAGCUCACAAAGGACCCCAGUUGGAUGGACCCCUGCUGGGCUUCCUUGGAAGAAAAUGCCAAAGCUCUGCUGGAUGACCUUGAGGUGGUCUGUCGGCAGCUGGAGGAGGGCAUCCAGAUGGAGCGUCAGUGUGCCCAGCUGGUAGAGCAGCACAGCCUUGCUCAAGACUGGCUGCGGGACCAGGUGCACGGUAUUGACCCACUGCCUGACAGCAGGCAAGAUCUGCAAAACAUUGUCAACACCCUCAAGGCCUUAAUGCAGACUGCAGCUAGGGAGGAGAGAGAGAUGAGGCAGCUGGUGGCAGCAAAGGACUUCCUGUGGAACCAAUGCACGCACAGUGGCCAGACUGCUUUGGCUGCAGAGGUUGAUCGCCUGCUCAAGCUGCAGGCCUCUUCAGACAGGGAGGUACGGGACCAGCUUCGGGAAUGCGAGCUCCGCCUGCAGGAGCUGGAUGAACGCCUAGCCAACAAAGCUCAGACCUUGAGGGAGGAGGCUGGAGGCCUUCAGAGAAGGCUUCUCCAGCUGAGUGAACGCCUGGCUUACAGGAGAGAGCGUGGGGACCUCAACCAACUCCAGCAGUACUGGGAAAGCCUCAAGGAGUGUGAAGGCAUGCUGACAGAGCUGGGAGUGCAAGUGGACAAUCUGCAGCUGGCCGUGAGGACAGAGGGAACAGACGGAGAGCUCCCUACGGACAUUAUUUCAGCCACAACCACACUGGCUCUGGAGCGAAGCAGGCUGAGUUCCGUGCUCUCGGAGCUGCUGGGUGAGUGCGCCAAAGACGCUGUCCAUACUCUGAGAGAGGCUCUCCAGGCCCUUCAACAGUGGAUCCAGUCCACCCGCGUGCUGCAGCCCACCGAGUCGGCAUAUACUGUUGGGGUCUGCAUUGAGGAGGGCAAGCAGCUCCAAGUUGCAUUAAAAAAAGUCCAGUCACAUUGCCCAUUCUUGAGGGACAGUCUAGGAGUGGACCAGAUGGACAGGAUGGAGAAAGACUGUGAAGACGUCCUGAGUGAAGGGACAGCUCGGAUUUGUGCUCUGACUCAGAGCCUGCAGGACCUUGCUGAGAAGGACAAACAGGAACUUAAGAAAACUACAUCUCCACCUCUGAAAUCCGAGCUCAUUGUUGAUGAGGAAACGCAUGGGGAGGCCGUAAAGGACCGGGUAUCCCCUGCUGAAGCUAUGGGAGAUCCUCUGACACACCUCAUUGCUUCAGUCACUUCACAAGCCACGGAGGUGGUCCCAGGAACCUAUGAGCUCACUGAGUCACAUCCACUUGACGCUUGCAGAGUCACGGAUGACGUUGAGUUCUUACGCAAGACAUCCAAGGUGUCAGACAAGUGUACUGUGGAGCUGCCUCACAUUACUGUUGAAGAAACUGAUGCUCAUCACCUGGUGCCUGACGCUGUACCAACUCCUGUCAUUUUAAAUGCAAAUGUACGAGAAGCCGAUGUUCAGCGCACCCAUGCUGCCGUUCCAGAGAAAUGUGAUAGCACGAUACACCUCGCCAAGGUCCUAGAGCCUGAGGCUCUGAAUACUGAGCAGCAAAGUCGAGGCACUGAUCCUCUGAGUGCAGGCCAUACAAGAGAAACUGAUCAGGACGUAGAUCUAAAGAAGCCUCCGUUUAGUGAGAUGCAACCUAGUAGCACACAUGAAAGCUUUGACACUGGUACCUCUCUCAGUAGCAAUGAGAUGGAGCAAAGUCUUGUUCCUGCAGCUGAUACUUUUGUAACAGGUGAGAAGGACAACCAGAAUCUGGAGUCAAAGAAAGUCACUGGGCUUGUUCUCGACAUUGGUAUGCUAUACGUUCAGACACCAGAGACUUUGCAGCCAGUAAAUAGCGAGACCAUGCGCAUUGUUUCUUGUGGAAUGACAGGCUUAGACACCAUUUGGAGUCAGUCAGAAAAGGAGGAGGAGACUAAGGGACAAGAUGCUGACAUUCCUGGACUAACUGAUGCAUGGGAUGUAGAUGCUGCAAAGCAACAGCUCUGCAUUCAAAGCACUUCUGUACAGCACACUCAACCUAUGGACACUACAGCAGUGACCAAGGAUCAGAUGCCACAUGCAGAGAAAAUGUCCAGUAGUGCCCCUCUUGAGGAUACUGAGAUGCUGCAGGGAAAUAUCCCACUCUCUGAACCAAUCUUUGUCCAACCAGUAGAACAACAGCAGGAAGAGCAUUUACUGGAUCUGCCCACAGAGACAGAGAAAACUGACAUUUCUCACUUUUGCAAAAGUGAGAGCAUCGAGGAGACGGGGAGCAUUUUGCCCCUGGAUGUUCAACAAAGUUGCAUUUUACUGGAUUUAAAGGAAUGUGAUAGAGAGACUGGUAUGUCUGAGGCCCUACAUUUAGACACACCCAAGGCCGCCAUCCAAUGUUAUGAACAAGAGAAUGACAACAUCUUCCCUAACAGUGAUUCAGAGCCAACAGAUGGAGGUCCUGUUGUCAGUGGGCCACCAACCAAUGGGGUACAAGCUGACACAAAACAAGAAUCGAAGCCGCAGUUGUUCGUAGAAGAUACUGCACCAGAAAACAUGAGACAGCAGACAAAGUGUGAGGCAGCAGGAAUGCAAGACUCUCAGAACAAACUGAUGAAGGAGCCAGACCCAGGGCCUGUGGCUCCACCUAGACGCCGACCUAAAGAUCGGAAGGCCCAAGCAGAGUCCAGACAGAAUGGAAAUCAGGAAAGUCCUCAUGUUCAGCAGUCAGGUGAAGUCUCCACAGAGAGCCCGUCAGCGAGCAGGGAGGAGGAUGCAACAGAAGCCAUGAGUGAUGUGAGAAGUACAAAUCUGCAGCAGGAAACAUCAGAUAAGUCUGCCAUCCAGGAAUUUUUCACUGGAAUUCAAAGACAGGUGGAAAUUGGACCCAGCCGCAUUCUUAUCUGGGGAGAUGCACCCAAGGAAUCUACUGAUGGUCUGGGUGCUUCAUGGAGAGACCUUGAGGCACGGCUGAGCCGAGCAAUGCUCAGAGUCCUGCGCUGCCAGAACCGACCAGCUGAGGUCGAUGCUGAUGCUAUGUCUCAGCAAGUAGAGGAGGCUGAGGCCUCUAGGUUAUCUGUACAGGAGCAGGUAGUCUUGUUGAAAAACCAUCAGGCGGCUGAAGGGUGGGCCAGCAAGACCAAGCAGUUGGCUGAAACUCAGUGGGAUGUAUUCUUAUUGGAUGCAGAAGCCAUCAUGAGCACCAAGGAGCGUCAUUUGCAGCUCAUAGCCCAGUACCAACAGCAGACCCAGGCUGUCAAGGCCACACUACAGAGACUACCAGCAGAUCUAGAUGCCCUGAAAGCUAGGGAGAUGGAGAGCAGCUCUUCAAAAGCAGAGGAACUGCAGCUGUUUUUGCGUAAUAUGGAGCAGGAGAGAAUCAUACUGGGAGAUCUCCUGCAGACCCAGGUUCAGAUCUUGCCCCAUUUGAGCCAUCCAGACCGAGUAGUGGUUCAGAUACAAUUGAUAAGCCUGCAGAAGGAGUGGAAGACCAUAGAGAUGUCUGUAGAAGCCUCUUUGCACCGUUUCUCUGUUCUCAACCAAGCAGUCAACAGCCUUCUCUUGGAGACUCAGGAUCUUCAACACCAGAUGAAGACACUGAAGAAGUCACUGGAGCCUGGCCAGUCUGCUUCUAGCAAGUGGAACAGCAAGCAGGCUGGGGAGCUAUUGAUUGUGGGUGCUGACCUCACUGCUGUUAACCAACAUUAUCUUCACCUGCAGCAAAUUGCUGAGGCUCUUGUCCAGGAUUCUCUGGGUGAGCAGGAGAUGAGGAGCAUCUCCCUAGCCCUCCAGGGUGUGAAAGAUGAACUAGACCAAUUGCAGCUUUCGACACAAAUGCCUAUUAGCAGCAAUACAACACUAGUUAAGAUUAUGAAGGUGAUCCAAGAGGCGUUCACCUGGGCGAAGCAGAUAGAGAGUAACAUCGAGGCGGAGAAAAAAGUGGCCCUUCUUCCUGAGGAAGUCCACCGACAGAUCAAAGGAUUGAAGAAACUACAGGCAGACAUAACUGCCAAACAGAUUCAACUAGAAUCCCUGUCUGAGGAGGUAAAGGAGCUAACUCCUGAGCUGGAAGAGGAAGAUAUUCCUAUGGUGCAGUCCUUGCUCAAAUCCUUGCAGAGCUUGUCCUGUUCAACUGUGGAGAAGUUAGCUCAAGCACUACAGGAUGUGGAGUCAGGCUUGCAACUGAGAGAAAAGAUGUCAGAGCAAAUUGCUGAUGUAGAUUCCUGGGUGCUGGCUCAUGUACGGUCAGAGGCCACCAGAGAAGACAUGAGUGAAAAAUGUGCAGCAGACUUGGAGCACAGGCUCCGACAGAUACAGGAAACCCUCAGAGAAGCGGAUAAACAGGUUGCUGUAACUGAAGCACUGAUGAUGAAGAGCAAAGACAUUGCUCUGGAACUCAGCAUUGAUGAAAACUGCUACCUCAACAUCAAACUCAUGGGUCUCCAGAAAGAAAUAAAAAGUAUUAUUUGCCGUGAGAAGGCAAACUGCAUGGAGUUGGAGGAUCUACUACAAGAAAAAGUCUCUUCAUUGAGGAAAUUGACAUCCAUUGAAAAUAGUCUGACAAAAAUGUUGGUUGACUUAAAGAAGUGUGAAUUUCCAGUGACUAAAGACAGUCUUGUGAAGAUGCAGCCUUUAAAACAAAUGCUUUUGGAACAGAGGUGCCAAGUGGACCAACUGCAUGGCUGCUCCGAGGACAAAAGGAGAGAACUCCUGUGCACCAUGGUUGAGCUGCAGGACAAAAUGGAUGGCAUGGCAGCAAAGUCUUCAGAGCAGGUAGGGUAUCUGAGCUACAGGAGACGCAUUGAGGAGCUGAGAAAUGCCAUCGAGACACAGGUCCUGCAUAUGAAGGAUGAGAAUAUUGGACAGGUAGAGCGGUAUAGUGCCUGCCAAGCUCUUUUAAUCCAGUUCCCACUGAUAAAGAGGCUCUGCCAGGAAGCAAUGGACCAGCUCCAAGGAAUUGCACUGGACUUGUACCCAUCUCAGCUAAACUCAGAAAAACAGUGGAUUCUGCAGGUCACAGAGGUAUUCUCCACUUGGGAGCUGACCCUCUACAAUAAUGUCCAGAUCCUGGAGUGGGCACUGCUGAAGGGGCUCCACUACCCAACUGAGCACAGGGCUGCACUGGUUUUCCUGGAGCAGGUUGACGGGAAAGUGCAGCAGCCCCCUCUGGUCUGUUGCAGUGUGCAUACCAUUGACUGGGAGCUGAGGAGGUGCACGGUCCUUCAGAGCAGUGUGGAGUCUAGGAUGCGGGUGCUAGAGGCCCUGAAACACAAGAGUGGGGCUGGUCAGAAGGGGCCAUGGCAGAGCUCUGGAGACCUGGAUGCAUUGAGGGGAAGGAUUUUGAAGGCCUGUCAUCAGCGAGUGGAGAGUCUACUGCAGGCACGGGAAGUGUUGAAGGAGUAUGGUGCUGCUACCAAGGCCAUUGUUGGCCUUCUACAGGAUGCUGAGCGUGCUCUUCUGCCAGGUCUCUGCCAUGCUGGGCCUUGUGCGGACAGACUUCAGGCUAUCCAGGGGGCUAUAGCCUGCCUUAAUGAGGAAUUCAUUGGUCACAUGACUCAGCUGCAGUCCCUGGCCCCCCGACAAGCGUGUCUCUGUCCUAUCAAGGCUGAGGAACUUCACCGUGAGGUCCUCAGUCAGCUCCUUGUGUGGAUUGCUAUACUUCAGGCUCAGGGCAACCUUCACUUGGAGACCCUCCAGAGGUGUGCUGAGAAGCAGGGAGUCUUCAGAAAGCGCUACGAAGACAUACUGCAGAAGCUGAAGCUCUCCGAGGCCAGUCUUUCAGAGAGAAUGUGUGAAAAAGUGAAUUCAUUUCAUGACUGCUUAGAGCAGCAGAGGAAGUUGCAGGCUCUGGAGCAGGAGGUGGACUCACUGGAGGGCAUGCUGGUAGGGCUCCGGGAGUGGUGUUCAGAGCAGGGCUGUGCUGGGGGCAGGAAGGAACUCAUAAGCACCACGUGGAGGCGCUGGACCCGACUGCAGUGCUGCAUCCGCAACCUGAGGGCACGCUCAGAACAGAGGAGCCAGGAGUGGAAGGAUGUUGACAAGAGUGUGGAGAGGGCCACCGUUGUGCUGGAACAACUCCAAGGGGAGUUCCCUGGCCCACCAGGGGAUGCUGCUUCUCAGGAGGACCUGCAGGAACAGCUGGUACAGACAGAGCAGUACUUGGUGCAGCUGGACUGUGAGCACCGGGCCCUGGCAGCACUGGAGCUUCGAGUGGCACGUCUCCUGGGAGUCCCUGCCCACCAGGAACAGACCCCACCCAUCCCUUUGUGCCAGAAGUUGCAGGCGAUGCAGGAUCGUUACAGAACCCUGAAGGAGCGCAGCAUGCGGAGCCGUCGAGCGGCGCAUAUGGAAUUGCAGGAGCGGGAGCGACUGAAGGAGGAGAUCCAAGGCAUCCACGAGUGGCUGCUGGAAGCACUGUCCCAGCUCUCGGUGGUGGACCAGACCCAGGACCAGACCCCCAGCAAGCAGGACCUGCAGGAGGUCCAGGCCAAGCUGGGCACCCAAAAAGCUCUGCUGCACGGCAUCAUGGAUGGCUUGCGGAUGAAGUACUCGGAGAUGUACACUCUGGUUCCCUUGGAGAUUGGAGGGGAGCUCCAGGAAGUCUCACACACUCUGCAGGAGGUGGAGAAGAAGGUGGAGGAGGCGGUGGAGAGAAACAGCCCCCUCCGCAGGCUGACCGACAGAAGGGCAGAGGUGCAGACGGGGCUUCAGUCGGUGCUGGGCCUCCUGGAGCAGAGGUGCCCCACAGUGGCAGAGGCUGAGAGCCUGCAGAAGCGCGUGUGGGACAAGCUGGACCACUGGCACACGUGCUUGGCAGCGCUGGAGGCGGAGGCACAGGACCUGUCGGAGGAGCAGCCUGAAGAGGCCCGGCAGCUGACGGAGAAGCUGAUGGAGACACUGCAGCUCUACCAGCGCAUCGCCCAGCAAGCGGAGCAGAGGACCUCCUUACUCAGCAAGAUCCACACCUCCCUGAAAGAGCAUGAGGAGAUGAUCCAGAGCUCCAACACGUGGUUGAGUGAGGCACAGUCCUGGAUGGUUGCACCCUCCACCUACACCACUGCUAAGUGCCUUAGUAGCCAUGUGUCUGCCCUACAGAUGAUUCUCAAUGACUCGGAGCAGAUGAGGAGGACUUUGCAUGGCUUCUUGCCAGUACUGGAGGAGAUGUCUGCUGUGUGUGAUACGGCUGCUCUGGUGGAGCAGCUCACUGAGGCUGACCAACGUGUUGCUGCCAUGCAGCAAAGAAUUUUGGGUCCACUGUCGCAGCUGGAGCGCACUGUAGUAGAGGUGGAGACCUUUGAGAGUGUGGUGAAGAAGAUGGAGAAAAGCCUGAAUGAGAUCAGGUCCACUGUGUCCACCCGGGAUGUGGCCAUCCUCUCCCCAGGGGAACAACUUGGGGAUCUGCAGGCAGCCCUGAGCAGCCUCCAAUCGAUGAGGAGCACCAUUGUGCGGAUUCAAAGCGGCCGACAGGGUCUGUUCCUUCCGGUUGGUGCUGAGGAGACCCUGGGUGUCUUCCACGCAGCCAACCAGCUCCAAACACAGAUCCAGAGCCUAGAGCUGGAAGUUAAAGAGCGAAGUGCUGCGCUGCAGGCCACUGGACCACUGGAGAAGAAGAGCGAGCCAGCAGUGACUCCCAGUCAAACCCCUCCCAUUGCUGAGCAAGUACUGGCCGGCGACGCCGAGGAGGGCGAGAUCCACGUAGUCCACGUAGAGGAGGACGCGCUGAAGAAAAGUGGGGCUACGCUGAGGACCGUGGAGGAGUCCACCCCCCAGCAGCGGCAGAGCCGGUUGGCUGAGCGGAGCACUCCGUUGCAGGACAUCCUGACAUCGGCCUCCAGCGAGGAGCAGGCUGAGGUAUCAGUGGAAGCUGUGGAAGAUGGCAGCGGUGGGUUUGAACCCGUAUCUGAGGGACAUGGAAAGGCCAUGGUGGGUCUCUCUGUCCCAGAAGGAGUGGGCCAGGCAGAGGCACCGUCAGAGCCUGUAGCCCCAGACAGAGAAGAGCCCCCCCGUCAAACCCUGGAGCUCUUGGGACAGAGUGGGCUUGCAUGGAGGGGGGAGGAAUACCAGCCAACGGGGCUGAAGACGCGCAACUCGGGUGCACGUGCUGCCAACGAGUGCACGAGCGCCGCGCCCGCUACACGCACACACACAGGGGCCCCUCUUGUGGCUGGGAAUAUCCAUGGCUCAGUCACAUCGUUGGGCAAUAGUGAACCCGAAGGCGAGGAGCUGCGUGUCGCACUCGGCCCUCCAAGAAUAGUGCAUGCGUUGCCUUGGGACAUGGAAACGGACCCUAGACAGCAUGCGCCAUCCCUAGUGACACACAGACAGAACUCCAUCGUACUGCCUACAGAUCACAUCUCCAAGCCCCAGGACACACCCAGCAUGCAUACGCUGCUUAGAGACACCUUGGACAAUGCGUUCAGCAUGUACGUGCCACCCAGUGACAAAUAUCAUCACGCAGAGACCCCGCCUAGUGACACACUUCACACUCGCAUGCUCCUCAGCAACAUGCCCAGCACACACAUCUUGCCCACAAACACACCUCACCCAAAUUCACUGCCCAGCAACACACCCCAAACACAUACCCAGGACAGUGGCGCACACAGUCUCUCCCGGGAUGAAACUGAUGGCAUGCCUCCUACCGUCUCCCUGGGCCCAGCGGAGCGCUGCCCUACCCUAGAGGAGCUGCAAGCCUACCGCCACCAGGCCGCCCAGCUGGAGUGUUGGCUGGAGGGGGCCCGCCGCAGCUUGGGUGCCCUUCCGCCGGUUGCUGGCAUGCAGGACAGCAUUGAUCAGCAGCUCCUCACUUGCCAGGAGAUGUUCCAGGAAAUGGAGCAGAGAGUGGCCUGUUUGUCAACCCUUGGCCAGACCUCCCUGGCCAAAGACCGCAAGGAGGUCCUAGAAAUCUCCUCCAAGCUGAAGCUGCUUAAGACCAACCUGGUCACCUUCCAGCUGCAGCUGUUGGAGAGACAGAGCCAGGAGCCGGAGCAACUUCAGCAUACAGAGGAGGACCUGAAGUGUAGUACCAGUCUGCAGGAGUUGUUGACCUCUCCCAAGAGCAAGCUUAUACGACAGAGCAGCCUGCAGCAGCAGAAGGAGCUGGAGUUUGAGCUGAGUGAGCAGAGACACCUGACCAGAGCCAUCGCCCGCCACGGGAGCAGAACAGGCCUGCAGAGCCCAACACGGGAGACCCAAGUGCAGGAGACCCCGGCACAGGCUCUGCGACACGCACCGGCGCAGGAACCGGCACGGGCAGCAGUGACCGCUAAGGUGGUGGACCAGGACAAGUGGACACAUCUUCACACCCGUCUGGCUGCCACUCUUCAGUCCCUGGAAGAAGUUGUGCAAGAGUCUGUCCCCCAUAGGAUGACCGUGGCAGUGGACAGCACCCAGAGUCCACCGCAGAUGCAGGAACACAUUGCCCAGAUCCGGCAGCUUGGUCACACCGCUAGCACUUCUCUGGCACAGGCAAGCAAGGGAGCGGGGCUUGGUCCUCAGCAGGAGGGCGACCUCUUUGAAGCCCUGUGUGGGCUGGACCUGUCCCUCUGCGGAAUUGCUGAUAUGCUGUACUGCCAACACGGACUGUCGUGGGAGGACCGUCAGUUCCAGCUGCUGCAGCUCCAGAGUUUGUACGAGGAGCUGGCCAGCCUUGCCGGAGAGUUGCAUGGCUUCGGGUCUGGGGGCAGCCGCGCCCUGGCUUCAGGAGCACCUGGAACAUCGCUCUGCCUGGAGAGUCUCCAAGACCGGCUGCCCUCCAUCCAGGCCGCCCUCCUCUCCAAGCAGAUCCUGCUACGAGCCCAGAUGGAUUGCACGAAUCAAUGCGAGAGAGACCUAAGCGCACUGCAUGCUUCUGUGCUGGAUAAGAUGUCGGUUUUGCACGAGACGGUUAAGGAAGCCGCAAGCCACGACAUUCACAAACAGCUCCAGGUAACUGCGCAGCUGCAGUCAGAGCUACAGCUGCAAGAAUGCGAAACAUCUGCACUGAGAGAGAAGGCGGAGAGCUGUAAUGUGACAGCUGGGCUGCUGAAGAAGGUGUUUAGGAUGGAGGACAUGCUGGAGGUGGCUCAGGUCUCGCUGCACGAGCACAAGGAGCAGUUGAGGGGUCGUUGGGCUCUGCAGCAACACCGGCAGAGGCUCCUCCGAGGCCUGUCCCGCCUCCUGGAGCUGGCCUCAGAGCACCUGGCCUGGGAGCGCAGGCUGGAGCUGCAAAGCCGUGCGGCACUGCAAACCCGCCUGGACCAGCACAAGAAACUUUUCAAGGUCUUGGAUUCCCACCUGAUGGUGCUGCAGCAGCUCUUCUCAAGGCUUCCGGAAAGUGAGAGGUCAGGGCUGGAGGGUGCGAAGGCAGGGCUGGAGGAGGAGUUCGGCAGUGUGCAGCGGCAGGCCCUCAAGCAGGGAGCUCAGCUACAGGCCAUGCUGCAGACCUGGUCACAGUGGGACGAGAGCUGUGACUGGCUGCAGAAGCUGCUCCAGGACAUAGAGGCACAGCUGCCAAGAGUGCCCCUAGUGCAGGAGACGGAAGAGGAGCUCCGCGAGAGGCUUGCUCUCCUCCAGCAAUUGAAAGGGGUCCUGGACGAGAGCGGCCCGCAGCUGCACCUGGCUCUCGAGGUGGGGAGUCGACUGGCGGCCGGGGGGCGCUGCGGAGCUGUGGGUGUGAGCGCGCGGGAUCUGGAGGCACGUUGGCGGGACGUGCUGGGAAGGGUGGAGCGUGAGGCGCAGCGCAUCCUCGAGAUCAGCACGCUGCGGAGCAGGUUCGGCCGUGACUCGACGGCGCUGAGCGAGUGGAUGGGCGAGGCCUCGGACCGCCUACGGCUGUGGAGACAGGAGUCGGUCUCUGUGCUGCAGGACCCCCGACUCACCCGGGCCCACCUGGCCCAGGUCCUGGAGUUGUCUAAGGAGGCAGAGGGCAGGUCCUCCCUGAAGGUAUCUGUACUGAGUGCUGGAGAGCGGCUCCUGGAGCUGAAGGAGACUGACACCGCAGCCCUCCAGUUGCGCCUGUCACAGCUGGAGCAGUCAUGGGCCCAGGUGCUCUGCGGCCUGCCGGCCGUCCAGGAAAAACUGCAUCAGCUACUGAUGGAGAGGCUUCCAUCACAGGAGGCCAUGAAGGAGCUUCACGGCUGGAUCGCAGAGAUGGAAGCUAGGCUGAAGGAGAUGCACGUUAGAGUCCAGGGGGCCAGCUCUGCAGCCAGCUUUGCACAGCUUCUGCAGAAGUAUAAGGAGAUGAAGAUAGAGAUGGCCUUUCACCAGCUCACUGUGGACUUUGUCAGCCAGUCAAUGCUGCAGAUGAGCUGCCCAGACAACCAGGGCAAACGAUAUGAGUGCAUAAGCUUCGCUGAGCAGCUGGGUGCCUUGAGCCACCGCUGGAUCCACAUCCAGGGGGAGCUGGAGAGCCAGAUCCGUCAGGCAGAGCAACUGGAGCAGGUCUGCAAGAAGAGGGAGACCAAGCUACGGCUCCUGUGCAGUUGGGUCAGAGGUCACAUGAAGAGACUGCCACUGUUGGAGGAGCCUGAGAAUCUCUCUGCUGUGCUAAGGGCACUGAAGGAGUGUGAGGAGAUUGAGAAGAAGAUAAAAGUGAAGUCUGCUGAGCUGCAGGAUCUGAGGGCGAUCCACAUACCCCGAGGUGGCACUGAGCAUUUGCAGCUUGAUGGUGACUUUGUGGCACAGACGGAUGAUGCUGGCAAGGAGCUCCUUGUGCUGAGUCAGCAGCUCUGCAGUCUGAGAAAGGCCCUAGAGCAGCUCCGACAGCAAUGGGGUCUGUUCCGAGACCAACUGGAAGAGGUACUGCUCAGCACAGCAAAAUGCCAGUAUGUCCUGGACUGCAAGCGUGGCUCCACAAUAACCCUCCAUGGCCUCCAGAACCACGCUAAGCACCUUGAGGUUCUGCAGCAUGAGAUGGAGAUGCGUGAGGCGCUGUUGGACACCCUGGCCGCGAACCUCUCGACGUUGAAGGUCAGCCCUCCCGUUGCCCUCCUCCUGUGCCAGCAGCUGGAGAGCGGGAGAAAGCGGUGGGUAGAGCUUGGGCAAGAGUUGGCAGAGGAGCAGCGGAGGGUCCGGGAUGUGCUGCGCCGCUGGCGGGAAUUUUCCCGCCUCUUGAGUGCCUGCUCACAGCGCCUGCAGCGCCACCAGGAGGACAGCAAACAGCUGCUGGGUGAACUGGGAGGCAGCAUCGAAGGUGCCGCAGCACUUCAGGAGCUGAUGGAGGCCGUCACUGUUCUCCAGAAGAGCGUCAAAGACUUGCAGAGCAGUGUGGAGGAGGUCCUGGAAGCUGCUAAGGAGCUCACUAAAGACAUGGAUCCCCAAGCCGCUAUCUUCAUUCACACAGACACCCAUGUGCUGUUGCGAGGUGCGAUGAAACUGAGCGGCACCCUGUCUAGGAAGCGGGCAGAGCUACAGGAAGAGCUGGAGCAGCUGCAGGGGUUCAGCAGCAGCUUGGAGAGCCUGGAGCAGCACCUGCAGGACUGCGAGCGUCGACUGGCAGCCACCGAACACUCGGGCUGCUCAGGCGUGUCCCAGCCUAAGCAGCUUGAGCUGAGCACCCUAUCCCCUGACUUGGAUGCCCUGAACGAGCUGAGCCACAGGGUGGCACUGAGCGAACAGGCAGCCCGCAGGCUGCAGAGCCUCAACAGGAAGUGGGCGAGGGCCUCCUUACAAGCUGUGGAGAAGUGCAGUGAGCUGCAGGCUGAGGUGCUGCGCUUUCAGAGCUUUGAGCAGAAGUGCAAGAGCUGGAUGGACUUCCUGCAGAGCAUGGAGGACAGCUUAGCGGUGCCCAUCGCCGGCUCCUUUCCAAGUCUGCAGGCACAACUUCGUGUACACCAGAGGUUUCAGGUGGAGGUUUCCAUUGGUCACCAGAUCCUGCACUCCGUCAUCAGUGAGGCACUGCAGAUGUUUGAGAGAGGAGAAGUGGAGGACAGGAGCGACUUCCUCCUAAAGCUGUCCCAGCUACGCGGUCAGUUUCAGGCUGCAGUGCGUCGGGCGCAGCAGCGUGGCGGCUUGGUGGCGAUGCUGGUGGCCCACUGGCAUCUCUACACCCGCAGCCUGGCAAGGCUGAAAGGCCUGUUGACCAACGCUCAUGACCUUCUGCCCCCGGUCAGUCCCGCCCAUUGGAGCGUGCAGCAGCUCAGCCGCUCCCAGGAGGAACUCAAGCGAAUGGAGACGCUCUUCCAACGCCACCAGAGCACCUAUAUGCAGACCCUGGAGGUGGGCCGGCAGCUGUUCUCCAUGGGCGAUGCGGAGACACAGGCGCAGCUCCAGACAGAGCUGGGAUCCCUGCAGGAGGACUGGGAGAAGACCUGCGCCCUGCUGCAGAAAAGGAGGAACCUCGCUGACACCGUGCUGCAGACCUGGGACCGCAGCGAGGCCGGGCUAGCCGAUGGCGAGCGUGGUCUGGAGGAGGUGAAGCGCAGGCUGAAGCAAGCACCGCCGGAGCGUCUGGAUGAGCUGCAGACUGAGGAGCGUCUCAUCAAGGAGUGCGAGGGUGAGCUCGAGGACUGGGCUUGCAGGCUGACGGAGCUAGCCACCAUGAAGACGGACCUGUCCCAGUACAUCAUGGGCGAGGACACGGUGCUGCUGGGCGAGCAGGUGGAAGGCUUGCACCAGCAGUGGGAAGAGCUGUGCCUGAAGGUGUCGCUGCGCAAACAGGAGAUCGCGGACCGGCUCAACGCCUGGGUCAUCUUUAACGAGAAGAACAAGGAGCUUUGCGAAUGGCUGACGCAGAUGGAAAACAAGGUGGCUCACAGUGCCAACCUCAGCAUCGAGGAGAUGGUGGAGAAGCUGAAGAAGGACUGCAUGGAGGAGAUAAACCUCUUCAGCGAGAACAAGACCCACCUAAAGCAACUAGGUGAGCAACUCAUCAGCGCCAGUGACCGGACCAAGGGAGCUGAGGUCAAUAAUAAGCUGAUGGAUGUCAAUGACCGCUGGCAACAUCUAUUUGACCACAUUGAGGCCAGAGUAAGGAAGCUGAAGGACACGCUGGUGACGGUGCAGCAGCUGGAUAAGAACAUGAGUAACCUGCGGACCUGGCUGUCCCGAAUUGAGGCUGAGCUGGCCAAGCCUGUGGUCUAUAGCGUCUGCCACAAUGACGAGAUCCAACGAAAGCUGGCCGAGCAGCAGGAUCUGCAGCGGGACAUCGAGCAGCACACAGAGGGCGUGGCCUCCGUGCUGUCGCUGUGCGAGGUGCUGCUGCGGGAUGGCGAUGCAUGCAGCAACGAAGCAGAGAGCGAGUCCAUCCAGGAGACAACACGUAGUCUGGACCGCCGCUGGAGGAACAUCUGCGCCAUGUCCAUGGAGAGGAGGAUGAGGAUUGAGGAGACGUGGAGACUGUGGUGUAAAUUCCUGGAGGACUACUCCCGCUUUGAGGACUGGCUGAAGACGGCAGAGAUCACCGCGGCUAACCCCAACUCUGCUGACGUCUUGUACACCAGUGCCAAAGAGGAGCUAAAGAAGUUUGAGGCCUUUCAAAGGCAGGUCCACGAGCGACUUACUCAGCUGGAGCUGGUGAACAAGCAGUAUCGGCGGCUGGCCCGGGAGAACCGCACCGAUUCUGCCAGUCGGCUCAAGCACAUGGUCCAGGAGGGGAACCAGCGCUGGGAUGUGCUGCAGAGGCGUGUGACCGCCAUACUGCGCCGACUCAAGCAUUUCACGUCCCAGCGGGAGGAGUUUGAAGGGACGCGGGAGGCCCUCCUGGUGUGGCUCACAGAGAUGGACCUGCAGCUCACCAAUGUGGAACACUUCUCUGAGAGCGACGUGCACGACAAGAUGCGGCAGCUCGACGCCUUCCAGCAGGAAAUCACCCUCAAUACUAACAGGAUCGACCAGCUGAUUGUGUUUGGGGAGAACCUGAUCCAAAAGUCGGCCCCGCUGGAUGCCGUGCUCAUCGAGGACGAGUUGGAGGAGUUGCACUCCUACUGCCAGGAGGUCUUUGGCCGAGUGGCCCGCUUUCACCACCGCCUUACAAGCCGCCGGCCGGUGCUGGAUGAGGAGAGAGACCUGUCGGACCGAGACACAGAUGUGGAGGACUCCGGGGAACUGGUUGAGGGAACCUGGAGGGAUGAAGGUGGGGGUUUGGCAGGCCGCCAGGCCACGUGUCACCUGCUUCCCCCACCUCUUGAGAGAUCAGGUCGUGAAACACCUGCAAGUGUGGAUUCCAUCCCCCUCGAGUGGGACCACACAGGGGAUGUCGGUGGCUCCUCUUCACCAGAGGAUGAGGAUGAUGUCACCUUCUACAGUGCCCUGUCAGAUGUAGAAAUCACUGAAAACCCAGAGUCCUUUGUAAAGGCGACUGCCAAAACGCUGCAGGCAGCCUUGGGGAAAUCCAUAUCAGAUCCUUCCAUGUGGCAUUCACCAGAGCCCCAGGACAGGAAGCAUCCGCCCAGCGACAAGAUUCAUAGCCUUGGCUCAUCACCUAUGAAUACCAGCACCCCUUACCAGCAGGGCUAUGCCAAGCUGAUGAUGGAGUGCAGUGGGAGCAUUGACAGAGUGAAGCGGGUGAAGCUAAUCCUGAACGAUGAAGAGCAAUCCGAUGAGCAGGGGCUCACCGGCCUGGGCAAUGCAGACAAGCAGUCAGGUGUGAUCGAGCGCUGGGAGCUGCUGGAGGCCCAGGCACUGAGUGACCAGCUGCGCAUCAAACACAACCUGCAGAAGUUUCAGCAGCUCACCUCUGACCUGAGUGACAUCAUGGCCUGGCUGGACCACGUGCUUCCUCAGCUGGAAAGACGGCAGAGGCUGGAGGCGUGCACCAGCAUCCAGGACGUGGAAGCCAGUGUCAGGGAGCUCAAGGAGAUGCAGAAGUCCUUUGACCGAUACAAGGUGGUAAUGAUCUCUGUGAACCUGAGUGGGCGUCAGCUCCAGCAAGGUGGUGCUCUGGAGGCAGGAGAGCUGCAGGAAGGCCUACACAAGAUGAACCAGGGCUGGGCGCAGGCCUGCGCGGGCCUGGACAGCUGGGAGCAGCACCUGUAUGCCGCACUCAUGCAGUGCCAGGACUUCCACGAGACCCUGCAUUCCUUGCUUCUAUUGCUGGCCCGCGUGGAGAGCAAGCGCUACGCUGUGAACGUCCACAAGCCCUCCCUGGACCGCUCUGUGCUCGUGGAGCAACAGGCCACCCUUAGGGGCCUGGAGGAGGAGUUGCUGGGGCGGCGGCAGCAAGUACGCUCCCUACAGGAGAUCUCCUCCCAGCUCCUGCUGGAGGCGUCGGGCGAAGACAGCGUGGAGGCUAAGGAGAAGGUGCACGUCAUCGCCAACAAACUCCGGCUGCUGCUGCGCCAGGUGGCCCAUGACCUGCGAGUGUUGGAGGGGCGGCUGAAUUCCUGGUCUCCGGCAGCAGGAACGGUGGACGGGAAUAAUAGAGACCCAGAGUCGGAAAGCACCCAGCUUUUGCACCCUAAGGAGGCGUCCGAGGAGACAGGUGCUGAGGCGAGACCCCUGAGGGUAGCGAAGAGGGACCCGUCGCCGCCGCGGUCCUUCUUCUGCCGCGUGCUGCGAGCCGCCUUCCCCCUCCACCUGCUCUUCCUGCUGCUGCUUGUGCUGACCUGCCUGGUGCCGCUGUCUGAGGACGAUUACCGCUGCGCUCUCUCCAACAACUUUGCGAGGUCUUUCUACCCCAUGCUGCACUACACCAAUGGCCCACCGCCCACCUGAGCUCUGUCCCUCCACCACUGCUGCCCUCAUAUGGACCGCAAGCCAUAAGUACCCCACCACGUGCUCUCUAAACCAACGAGAAUGUGGACGUUGUCUCAAAAGGUCUAUUGUUUCUAAUUAUGCAUAUUAGGCGAUCAGGGGAAAUAUUCAGGCAGUCUAACAAACCUGUUUUUUAAUCCAGACCCAUACACAAGUCCACAUAUUUUUCUGCUGUUGAUUUUUUUAAAGUGUAUAUUGAAGUGAAAAUGAUAUUUUUAUUCCUGUUCCUGUUUUAUGCUCCUACUUUAUAUAUGAGUCAAUGACAUCAUUCAUCAUCAUCAUUGAAUCCAGACAUAUCAAUAGUUCUCUGUUGCCAUUUCUCUUUUUACUACUUUUUGAAUUUUUACAUAUUUUAAAGUUUUGGUAUCCGGUUUGAUUUAGUAUUUUGCUGACCGUGAAUUGUGGUUUUUAUUGGAAAAAGGUAUCGCGAGAACAACAAAAUGAGUCAAUGACUGCUCAAAAUGAGUCAAUGACUGCUCAAUGAGUCAAACAAGACACGGCCAAGUGUUACAGAAUAACUGAGAGGUCAAAGAGCAGUUUAAGCUAAUAAUUUAUGAAACAAAUCGUUUAUUGAUACAACAGUGUGUUCUAUUUAUGAGCGUAAUUUUUAAAUAAUUGCAAAGAUGCUGAGAGGAACAUGGUCGGUUAGAUCUAAGAAAUAUGGGAGAAGACACCUUGCUGACAUACACAUGCAGGCACAUGUCACUGUACUGCUUGUGAGAGUGUGACGCCCUGCUGACUCCUGGAACACCUCCAUGGAUGAGGUGUGUCCACACACACAUUGGAACACCUACGCUUUCCGUUCAGAUUCAAGAGAACAAAUGCAGAGCGACGCAGAACACAAACGACUCGAUAUGGUUUGCUAUAGAUUUACAUGAAAAACCCAGCUUGUUUAGUGUAAAUUUCCGUGGCGGUUUCUGCACUGAUUAAGGAACAAGAAGCAAACUGGAAACAAUUGUGUGUACAGUAUGUGAUUUAUUUUUUAAUUAUUUAUGAGAUGUACAGUGUAAAUCCUUUUUAUUCAACAAUAAAUAUUGCCGUGUUCACCGAAGUUGCACCAGUCUGAUUUAUGCCAAGGACUGCUAGGAUAUCUUCUUUACCUGCAAAACUCAUUUAAAACAAAAAAACUUUCAAGUCCAAGUACUGUAUGUCAGGUUCAAACUCUUGUUUAACACCAUGGCAAAAUAGAUUUUGAAAUUACCAAAAUUUUUAAAAAAGAUUGUGUUUUAUAUACAUAUUUUCCUGCCUUGACUUUUGGUCUGGAGUUCUUUGUUCUUUUC